AUGUCGCCCCACAAGGGGGCCAUGCUAAGAGCGCGGCACGUUGAUGCACAUGGGGAAGACAUUAAAGUCGACAGCUGUGAGAUUCGAACUCACGCGGGUUGCCCCAUUAACUUAGCAGGCUAA